AUGCACGUUUAUUUAGUUCCUGCAAAAAUGGCUACAUUUGUGACGAGUGAACUAAUGGGUACAACCCUUGAGGUAACUGAUAGAUACACCAACUUGGAGCCUCGAGGCAUGGGCUCCUCGGGAAUGAUCUGUUCAGCACACGAUUCAAUUACCAAUAAAACCGUCGCUGUCAAGAAAAUAGGAAAGCCUUUCAAUCAUCCUAUCCUUAGCAAGCGCACUUAUCGUGAAAUUCAUUUAUUAAGCAAUCUGAGACAUGAUAACUUAAUUAACUUGGAAGAUAUCUUCAUUUCCCCGUCCGAAGAUCUAUAUCUUGUUAUGGAAUGUGUCCAAACAGACCUCCAUUAUCUCAUGCGGUCGACCCCACAGCCGCUCGAGGGGAAGUUUAUCCAGUUCUUUGCAUAUCAAAUGCUGCGAGGAUUGCAAUUCAUACACACAGCUGGUGUUGUUCAUCGCGAUCUCAAACCCGGCAAUAUUCUGGUCAAUGAUAACUGUGACUUGAAAAUAUGUGACUUUGGCUUGGCCCGUGAACAAGAUGACCUCCAGAUGACUGGCUAUGUCACGACCCGGUACUAUCGAGCGCCAGAAGUCAUGUUGACUUGGCAGCAUUAUACUUAUGCUGUGGACAUGUGGAGUGUCGGAUGUAUUCUGACAGAGUUGGUCACAGGGAAAGUUCUCUUCCCAGGGAAAGAUCAUGUUCACCAGCUCACUCUGAUCAUUGAGCUUCUGGGUAAGCCGUCCAAGGAGGCUAUGAACAAAAUCUACAGUAAGAAUUGUCUGGAUUUCGUCAACUCUCUACCAGACUACCCUAGUAGCUCGCUCGAAUCUACUUUAGGGGAAGCCGACCCCAAAGUGGUUGAUCUCAUCGGAAAAAUGCUUGAUCUUGAUCCCAAAAAAAGAAUCACAACCGCGGACGCCUUGGUUCAUCCAUAUGUCUCGACUUACCAUGAUCCGGAAGAUGAGCCUGUCUUUGAUAUGAAGAUUGAUUGGUCUGUUCUUGAAUCAGAUCUAUCAGCGGAAGAGUGGAAGACCAAGAUGUAUUCUGAAGUCUUGGGCUUCCAUGGCGGAGCUUGUGAUUGGCAAAAGCCCACCAACCCUGGGAACAAGGGGAUUUUUGAAAAUUGGUUGGUCGAUGCGACAACAGAAGGCACAUAUUAG